AUGGAAUCUUUAAAUAAAUGCGUCAUAGGGACAAAAAUAUUUAUUAAAGAUAAAAAUAAAGUAUGGGCUAGUGCUGAAAUAAUAAAAGAAGAGGAUGCAAAUAUAGUUGUUAAAACAGAAGAUGAUGAAAUAAUUAAAUUAAAGGAUAAUGAUGAAUUUUAUCUAAGGAAUUUAGAUAUAUUUGACUCAAGUGGGCUAUCAGCACCGUCUGAUUUAACUCAAUUGACUCAUUUACAUGAAGCAUCGAUUUUACAUAGCUUAAAUCUCAGAUUUGAUAUCGACGAAAUUUAUACUUUUACUGGUCCAAUAUUGAUUGCUGUAAAUCCUUUUAAAACAAUAAAAAAUUUAUAUUGUGAUAACAUUCUAGCUAAACAUGUGCAACCAAUAAAAUCAAAAAGCCCUCAUAUUUUUGCUACCUCUAAUAGCGCUUAUUUAGGAAUGUGCAAUAAUAAUAAAUCACAAACAAUUUUAAUAAGUGGAGAAUCUGGUGCUGGGAAAACAGAGUCUACUAAAUAUGUAAUGAAAUUUUUAGCCUGCGCAGGUUCAGAUAUUAAAAAAAGAUCAUUAAUUGAAAGCCAGGUUUUAGAAAGUAAUCCUUUAUUAGAAGCUUUUGGUAACGCUAGAACAUUAAGGAACGAUAAUUCUAGUCGCUUUGGUAAGUAUAUAGAAUUACAAUUUUCAUUAGAUAAUAGAAAUUAUAUAAAAGGAAAAUUAUGUGGAGCAAAAAUUCUAACUUAUUUGUUGGAAAAAGUUCGAGUAUGUGAUCAACAAGAAGGAGAAAGAAAUUACCACAUUUUUUAUCAAAUGUGCAAAGCAGCACAGUUUGCUAAAGAAAAUAAAGAAAAAGAAAAUUUUUAUUUUUUUCCUUCAACAACUAAAUUUAAAAAUAUGAAUAAUGUAAAACCAAUGGAAUUGAAUCUCACUAACUUUAAAAGUCAUAUCCACUUUCGUUAUUUAACAAAAUCUAGUGUUUAUGAACUAAAUGAAAUUGAUGAAUUGGAACAGUUUGAGUCUACUAUUUAUGCUAUGCAGACAAUUGGGAUAAGUGAAGAAGAACAAUAUCAAAUAUUUAAAGUGUUAGAAGGAAUUCUAUAUAUAGGAAAUAUUUUAUUUAAUAAUGAUGAAAAUAAAGAAGAAGCCAAAAUCUUAGAAGUUUCAGAUGAUGAUUUAAAAAAAGCUGCUUUUUUUCUUGACGUAAACGAAGAAAAAUUAAGAGAUUCGUUAUGUUAUAAAACCAUUAUCGCAAAUGAUGAGCAUUAUAAAAAGCCAAUUAACUCAAAUAUAGCCAAUGAUAUUCGAGAUGCAUUGGCUAGAGCUAUAUAUGGAUGCUUGUUUUUAAAAGUAGUAGAAAGAACUAAUGAAUCGAUAGGAUUCAUAAAAGAUAUUAAUUUAUUUUGUGGAGUUCUUGAUAUAUUUGGUUUUGAAUCUUUUCCUGUAAAUUCUUUUGAACAGUUAUGUAUCAAUUAUACUAAUGAAUGCUUACAGCAAUUUUUUAAUAAUUUUAUUUUCAAAUGUGAAGAAAAAUUAUAUAUAGAAGAAGGAAUUAAAUGGAAUCCUUUAGAUUUCCCUGAUAACAAAGAUUGCGUAGAUAUUUUAGAAUCGAAGCCUUUUGGUAUAUUUUCUAUGUUAGAUGAAGAAUGUCACAUACCUUCAGGUAAAGACAAAACAUUUUGCAGCAAAAUAACUACUAAGCACACUAAUAAUAAAAGAUUUAAAGUAGUAAAAACAGAUUCUUCUAGCUUCAUUAUAAUACAUUUUGCUGGUGAGGUCAUGUAUAAUUCUGCAGGAUUUCUUGAAAAAAACAAAGAUCAGUUAUCUACUGAUGCUCAAAAUAUUUUAUUGCAGAGUAAAAACCAUUAUGUAGCCACUCUUUUUGAAAAAUACUUAAGAAGAAAUGUAGAUAGAAGAAAAUUUAUUACUGUAUCAAGCGAAUUUAGGGAACAAUUAAAUUCAUUAAUGAAAAGAAUUAGGGAAACAGAGCCUCAUUUCAUUAGAUGUAUUAAGCCAAAUUCUCAAAACUUGCCUGAUGUAUUUGAUCGAAUAUCAGUCAAUGAGCAAUUAAAAUAUGGAGGAGUUCUGCAAGCGAUCAAAGUUAGUAGAGCAGGAUAUCCUGUCCGUUUAUCUCAUGCAGAUUGUGUAAAUGAUUAUAAAAUUCUUUUAAAUAAAGAAGAUAAAAAAGAAUUUGAAAAGUAUAAUGAUAAAUCAUGGCCUCAAAAAGCUAGUUUUGUCUUAAAUAAAUUGUAUCACAGCCAAGUUAUGCAAGAAUAUGUUAACAAUUUAAAAACAUUAAAGGAAAAAAAAGAUGAAGAAAAUAGUUUUUAUGGAAAAUAUACUAAAAAAAAUAAUUCAAAAAUAGAACAAACUAAUGAAAAAAACAAAGAUCAAAUAAGCAAAGAAAUAAAUCAUAUUGAUAUUGAUAAUAGUAAUAUUAGAAAUAAUGACAUAUAUAAAAAACAAAAUAAUGAAACAGAAUUAAUUUGGUCAGUAGGUAAAAAUUUAUGUUUUUUUAAAAGUGAUGCUUUUAAUAUUUUAUCAACAUUAAGAAGUGAUUUUCGAUGUGCACAAGCCAUUAUUAUUCAAAAAAAUUAUAAAUGUUUUGCACAAAAAAAAUUAUAUAAUCUAAUGAAAGUCAAAAUUGUCAUAUUACAAAAAUGGUUCAGGUAUUUAUUAGUUCGCGUAAGGAAUGAAAAAAUGAAAAUGGAAAAAGCUAAGGAACUUAUAUGUUUCUCAAUAUAUGGCUAUAUUGUUAGAAAAAAAUAUUUGCAUACAAGAAAAUGUGCUGUUCUAAUACAAUCACAUAUAAGGAGAUAUCUCACUUUAAAAUUUUAUAAAGAAUACAAAGAAAAUUAUUAUGCUAGCAAAAUACAAGCAUCAUGGAAAUCCUAUAAAGAAAGAUUAUUUUAUCAAAAUUUAAAAGUAGCUACUAGAAAAAUUCAGUUAAAAUGGAAAAGUGCAUUAGCAAGAAGACAAUUAAGAAGACUCAAAGAAGAAGCAAAGGAAGUAGGGUCCCUAUUAUCAAAAAAUCAAGUUUUAAUGAAAGAAUUAAAAAAAGAAAGAAAUGAUAAAAUAGAAAUAGAAAACAAAUUACUAAAAGCUUCCGCUAAAAUUGAUAAAUUAACGAAAAAAAUACAAAAUCUAGAAAAAAUAAACAAAAGUAACGAAAAAAUAAUUAAAGAUUUAUUAGAUAAAAUAUCCAUUUUAUCAAAUAAAGAACUUAAUGAUUCAUCAAAAACAGUAUCAAAAAAUGAAUAUGAAAGAAGUAAGACUUCAGAAAAAGGAAUCAUAGCAAGAGAAGAACAUUACAAUUCUAUAGAAACUAUAUCGGCUAAUAAUAGUUCGAUAAGCAAAGAAGAAAAAUUAAAGUUAUUAAACAAAAUAAAAAAGCUAGAAUUAGAAAAUAAAGAAUAUAUAAAACAAAAUACCUCUUUAAAUGAUCGUUACAAUAAGUUACUAAAUUUACUUUCCCAUUUUAAAGAUAAAAAUAAUACUAUGUCAGGUAGAUUUUAUUAUAAUUCAUAUAUAAAUAAGUUUAAUAAAACAUAUACUUCCCUAUAUAAUAAUACAUUUUCAGAUUCUAAAAUAGAUAACAAUCAUUCAGAAAAUAAAAAUGUAUAUAGAAGGAAUGAUAGUUUAGUAGAUAUACUUAUAUGUGGUCCUAAAAAAGUAGGAAAAACAAGUUUGUUAGAAGAUUUAUUUGUUAGAUUAGGAGAUGAAAUCAACUUAAAUUUAUUACGAAAAAAUAAAAAAAAUCAAUCCGAGGAAUCAAAUUCUAUGAACUAUAAUACUUAUUUAAUAAAUCAUAAAUCUAUUAAAAUAAAAAUUGUUGAUUGUGGUUAUUCAUCUAAUAGAAAUGUAGAAGAAUCUCUUUUUAAUUAUAUAAAGAAUUCCAUAUGUAUAAUUAUUGUUUUUGAUUCAACUAAUAAAGAUUCUAUAAAUCCUGCUUUGCACUUGCUACAAGAAGCAUCCUUAAUUAAUGUUAAAAAAACAACAAAAUUAUAUUUAUUGGAAAAUAUAUUUAACGAAAAAAUUAAUUUAAACGUAAAUACAAAUGACGUUUCCUAUGCUUUAAGAAUAGCAAAAACAUGUAAUGCAUAUUAUGUGAAAACACUAGACAUAUAUGAUAUUGUAAAUGACUAUGCAAAUGAAAUAACAUUGCAUUCAAACUAUUUUUUAGAUAACUUCAAUAAAGAGAAAAAUUUGAAGGAAGAUACUUAUAAUAGCAUGAAUAAAAGUAAUUCCUUAGUUGAUGAUUCCGUUAGAUUAAGUGAUGCAUUUUCCUCGAUUGAUAAGCAUAAUGAUAUAAAAAAUAAAAAGGAUGAUUUAACUCUGCAUAAAAAUAGUAUGUACUCAGUUGUAAAUACAUUAAAAGCAUUUUGUGGAAUUCAAAAUAAGAAAAAUCAGAAUGUGCAAUUAUUAAGAGAAUCAUUGCCUUUAAAUAAUUAUGUAUAUAAUAAUAAAAAAUAUAAUACAGAAUUAGGUAAGGGACUGCAACCCGUUUAUGAAAUAACUUUAAAAGGUAAUGUUCCUAUUACUUAUUUAGUUAUCGGCCAAGAUUCAAUAAAUAAAAAUUAUACAUUAUUAGCAGUUGGUUGCAAAGAUGGAAUCAUUUAUAUUUAUAAAUGCUUUCGAACCAAAUUAGAAAUGAACAACGAUUAUUUUUAUCAAAAUGAUGAUAAUUAUAAUUUUCCAAAAAAUGAUAAUAUGAGUGAUCAAUUAAACAAUGAUUCAGCUAAUGACGAUAAUUCCUUAUCUUCUAAAUUAUUAUCAAAAUUAUCUGGUCAUAAAAAAGCUAUAACAUGCAUAGUUUUUUCUUUUUCAGAGGAUAAAAUUAUAUCCUCUUCUAUUGAUAGAACUAUAAAAAUAUGGGAAGUAUCUACAGGAUUUCUAUUAAAAGUAUUUUCUGACUCAUCAGCAACACUAUCAGUUUUAUUAUUUCCAACAAACUUAGAUAUAUUUUUAUGUUCCAAUUGUACUUCUUUAUUAAGAAUUGUAAAUUUAAAUAGCGGCCAGGUAUAUCAGAAAAUCAAAGUGGAAAGUGAAAUUAGGGCUUUAGAAAUGGAUGAUACAUGCUUAAAUAUAUUUGCUGGAUCAAAAAACGGAACUAUAUAUGUAUUAGAAGUGAUUUAUAAUGAACGAGUAGAAAUUAAAUUUCGUUUUCUUUUUUCAUUAUCACCUAUAACAUGUAUAAAAUUUGUUCCAAGGCGUUCUGUUAAAGCUUCUCCUUGUAUAAUUGUCAAUUCAUGUGAUAAUCACAUCGGAAUAAUAGAAUGUAUAUAUGGAAAUAAAGGAAUAUUAACAACUUUAUCAGUUAAACAUAGAAUAAGAAUAAACCAUGCAUUACUUCCUAUUAGAAAUUGUUAUUCGAAAUAUGGAGGUGGUUGGUUAAUGUCUGGUUCUGAGGAUGGAAAUAUAUAUAUUUGUUCAUUGUUACCUCAAUCAAAUUAUAAGCUAAUUUUUUUGAAACAUCAUAAGGCACCUGUUAUGGCCGUGGUCGUAAAUGACAUUGAUACGUUAAUGAUUUCUGGAGAUUCUAAAGGAAAUAUUGUCUUUUGGAGAAGAUCCUUUGUAUAA